AUGCAUACCAAGGUCGUUCCAGUUGUAGAUGACUCUUCUCGUCAUGAUGGAUCAUCAGCUUCCUCAAUGGCACAUCGUUCUACAAAAGACGAACAACAAGAUUUAUUGAAUGAUUUGGAUGAAAAUGGCUCUUGUGGAGGAGUAAUCAAAGAAAAGAAACCUGUCAAGUUAGAAGGGUUCUUUUCUAUGCGAGUGGUCAUUAUCAUGCUCAUCAUUGUUUUACUAUUGACAUGCUCCAUCUUUAUUUGGUUGGCUUCAUUCAUUGGUUCUAAUCAAGCCAUGACUGAGGUCACUAAUUCUCUCAUUGAACAAGUGGGUCACAAGAUUACCGUAUUUUUGAGAGGUGAAAUCUCACCAUGUGCUGAGUUAGCGUGGACUAUUGCCCACGAUUUUAAUAUGGGACUCAUUCCACGUAAACCUCCAUUGGAAUACUUGUUUAGAAAAAAUUCAAUUUUUCGUCCCAGUAGCCUUGGAAUUUUCUUUCCUAAUGAGAUUUAUACUUACUUUAAUCUUACAAUAUUUCCUAAUGGUGUUCCCACUCAACAAUUUACCAUUUAUAUUAAACCAAAAGAUUAUGUUGGAGUCGAGCAUUGGUAUGCCAAUGUCACAGAUGGUUCUCUGAUGGGACUUGUGAUGAAUCAAACCACACUGUUUAACAUUACCUCUCUUGCCUAUUGGGUCACAAGUUUCAAAUAUUUCGACUCGUUGAAUCUAGAUGGUGUUUAUGGAGAUCCAUAUGUGGUCGUGAACUCUACUGCAUGUAUUUACUACUCGGUCAAGUUGUUUGAUCCUGUAUUACUUGCUCAAAACAAUACCAAGAAAGUGAUUGGAAUUUCCAAAGUGAAUUUAUCACUCUUAAACAUUGAAAGAUAUCUUUCUCAGUUGUCCAUCCUCGGAAAGGGUUAUGUUCUUGUUUCUGAAUCCAAUGAUUUGGUGAUUGGUGGAAGUAUCAAUACCACUGCAUUGAAUCGUAUUUCACGUGUCUCGUUAUACGAAUUGACCGAUCGAAAUGCUGGUCUUCUCAUGAAAGAUAUUAAGGAUCGAUAUGAAAGUAUGCACUCCACUCCAUAUUCAUUCCAAAUUUCAAGCUUGGGAGUUGAUUAUAGAAUUUCACGCCUACCAUUCACACUUGAGAAUAUUCAAUGGAAUGUCUUUUUAAUUGUUUAUUCCGAAGAUGUUUCUCGAACUACAACCAUUAAUACAGGUAUAUCGAUUGGAGUAGCAGCAGUGGUGAUUGUAUUGGGUCUCAUGACUAGUGUCGUCAUUGGUUACUUGAUUACACAACCCUUAAGAUACCUCGAGAGACAGUUCAUGCAAAUUAAGAAGUUUGAUUUGGACAAGGUUCAUUUCACUUCGAGUCGAUUUAAAGAAAUUGAUGCCAUUUAUGAAGAUUUACACGACAUGGUCGUAUGGUUGAAUGAAUUUAAGAGUUUUCUUCCAGAAGCUAUUUUCAAUCAGUUGCGUAAUAUGGAACAAGAUUCCAACACUCUACAAGUUACAUCCAAGAUAAAUCAACAAGGCUCAAGCUUCGCUUCUAAUCAACAUCAUGACCACAACAAAGACGCUCAUCAUGGAGAAUUGGAGAGCUGUACUGGUUCUAAAAACAGUACUCAUAAUCUCUCAUCAUUAAGUGGUAGUCACAAAAGCAAACAGCAAGAGAUGGGAGGUUUAUUCAAACUUGGAUUGUUCGAAAAGGAUACCAGUGUGGUGAAUGUCAAAUUGAUUGGAAUGUGUCAACAUGACUAUUUCAGAAAUUACUAA